AUUCACACUGCAACAUCCCCCCGCGUGCCUUCGCUCUUUCCUUGCCUCCACCCUCUGAUUAGGCACCUCACUAGGCCGCACCUGUGCCGUCUCACCACUAUGGCAGACGUGCGGUCGAUGCUUCGCCAGGAGCGAGCAGCCCGACAGCAGACCGGACGUCUACAGAAGCAAUCGGCAGCACCCGCAGCCGCGCCCACAUCGAGGAAGAGAAAAGCAACGGGUGAUUCUGGGGAAGAGAGAAAGCGUACAAGGACAGAGCAAGCAAAGGGGGUGCCAACGGAGUCCCUGGACUCUCUGAACGACCCGCCAGUCACGCAAGCGAGCACUCCCAAUGCCGCAGACGUCGCGCAAACAAGCGUCGCGGAAGCUGGGCAGCCGCCUAUACCUGAAGAGCUUACAUACAACCCUCCACAACCACAACUUACGACCGCCGAUGAGGACGACCUAGACGCAUUCAUCAAAGAAAUGGAAGAAGCGCCACUGCCACAGCAUACAUUACCGGGGUAUUCUGGCGCGGUCAUCGAAGGCGCCCCCAUGACAGCUGCAGAACUUGCUGCGCAAGCACGAGAAGAGCAGAGCGCACAGCGUGGCAGGAGGGAGGAGGAAUUGGAGGCCGAGAAGGAAGAUGCAGCGCGGCAGCUGGAAGUCGAAUUCGAGGACAUGGACGAGCUGGAGGAAAGGGUUAGGAAGUUGCGCGAGAAGAGGGAAGCACUGCGGAAUGCGCAAGCACAGACGGACAUGGAGGGCGUGGUAAUAGUUGUGCCGGAGCCCGUGAAUAUGGAAGACGAGAGCGACUCGGACGACGAGGAUUGGGAUGAUUGGAGAUUCCGCUUGGCUUGAGGGCAUAGUCUUGCAGGAACUCUCUCCUCAUAGUUCGGCUAGAUGCUCUUUCAUAAGUAUGUACUAUUACAAUCAUGUACCAUUACCACGACCUAGAUACCAAGGUCACUCGGCCUUUUCGAUACCCAUCAAAUCGAC